CAAACAGUCCACAGAGCAGCAKCAUGAUGGAAGGGAUCUUCUUUGGUGUCUUGUGUCUCUCAGGGUGCCUCACCUUCUCCACAUGCCUCCUCCAUCAGUACCACUUUGUGUCUGAAGCAAUGACUUGGACUGAAGCUCGGAGCUACUGCAGAGGGAGGUACACAGACCUGGCCACCAUUGAAAACACUGAAGAAAUGAAGAAACUUAACGACACAGUUUCUGCUGCUGGUCACAGCUCUAAGGUUUGGAUUGGCCUGUACAGUCAGAUUGACUGGAAGUGGUCAGAUGGGUUCACAGGGAGUGGAGCAGAAUAUAGGAACUGGGGAAGGUCUGAGCCAAACGAUUUCGAUGGCGACGAGUUCAGUGUGGCCAUGUGGUACAAUGGAGGAUGGAAUGAUUAUUACUGCCAUGAAGAGACUGCAUUCGUCUGCUACAAUGGAACAUUAGAGGAUUCUGACUUUGUGAUGGUGAAUACAAGAAAGAAUUGCACUGAGGCUCAGAGGCACUGCAGAGAACACUACACAGAUCUGGUCACUGUGAGGAACAAAACUGACAAUGACAAGAUACAUAACUUGAUGGGACAUGAAGAAUGGCUCCUGGAAUGA